AUGGCGGCCGCCGUGCUUCCGGGUGGCGUGCGUUCUUGUGCCUGUAAAGGUGUUCGCCGAUGUCUGGUGUGUGAAACAUCUACAGGAGAUUCGGAACACAGUACAGUAAAGAAAACAGUGCAUCUCUUCAUCUAUGAUCCAAAGUCUGGGCUUGCCACUCGCAGCAGUGCUGAACCAUCGUCUUUCCCCUUCCCUGGCGUCGUCCUGCGGGAGAACUUUAUAUCUGAAGAAGAGGAGGAAAAGCUGGUGCACGCCAUGGACCAUGACACGUGGAUUCCUUCACAGUCUGGUCGAUGGAAGCAGGACUUUGGUCCAAAGGUGAACUUCAAGAAAAGGAAAAUCCGUGUGGGAAUCUUCAGUGGCCUGCCACCUUUGAGCCAAAAGCUAGUCGCCCGAAUGCAGCUGGAUCUGAGUUUAAGGGACUUUCAGCCAGUGGAGCAGUGUAACCUUGACUACCGUCCGCAGCGUGGCUCAGCUAUCGACCCUCAUCUGGACGACUCCUGGCUCUGGGGGGAGCGACUGGUCACCGUCAACAUGCUGUCAGACACCGUGCUGACAAUGACGCUCGAGCAGGGACUUCCCGAGCUGAACCUGGCGGAGGAAGUCCAUGUGUGCGUUAAACUUCCCCGAAGGUCCCUGCUGGUUCUUCAUGGUGAAGCACGGCACAGAUGGAAACAUGCAAUCCAGAGGAAGGACAUUCAGCAGCGCCGAGUGUGCAGCACCUACAGAGAACUGUCUGCAGAGUUCCUGCCUGGAGGAGAGCAGGCAGAUCUGGGCAAGCAGCUGCUUAAUGUCGCUCUGAGCUUUGAGGGCUCACCAGUGAAUGUUGACAGUACACAGCCUUUAACAAAGUCUGAGGACUGAUGAAGGAAACCUAUAAAAUACCUCUUCAUUGUAAUAAGAAUGUGGACCUUCUAUUGCCACAAUUAUUGCUGUUUUAAAUCGAAUACAUUUUUAUAAAAAACAUUUCUGCUUCAAUUAUCUUGAAAGAAGACUAAUAAAGAUUCAGAUGAGAGCUGAUCAUGUCUGAUUCAGUUUCUUUCAAAUUUCUGUGUGGCUGACUUAAUCCCCUUGGCUGUCCAUAGAUUGAACUGCGUCUCAUUGUAUACGUGGUUUUUAGCCAUAAUAGAAGGCAGGAGCAGCAUGUGCUCCAGCAUUUACGUAGAAGUUUUUGCAACAGAAAAUGGAACACAAUCAUGACAGAAUGUCUGAAUCACGUAGAUUUUUCCUGUAACACCUGAAUCACCACUUGAUGGGUACAGGGGCACUUGUUUACAUUCUUCCACAUUUAUUCCAAUACACGUUUCUCUUGAUUUUAUGGCUCGCAUUUAAUAUUAGCAAACCAUUCCUUGCUUGCAUAUAUGCAUUUAUUAUGUAUUUGCUCUUGUACAUUGCUUAUUAGUUAGAGAAGUCAUAUUAGUCAGCCAAAUCGUAAGAUGUACCAUCAGUCCAUGUUAUACUCACCACAUACCGGGUACUGACCACUGCCAACCUGCUCUGCAUUACUCAAGUGUCUUUGCCUUUGUAAGAUCGGUAAGAUGUCGACUGACAAUUUCUCUUCAGUCAGCAAUAUUCCAGAUGCCCUGUGCAGUGACCAUCACCAACAUAUGCUGCAGUCUGUUUACUCCUCUGCAUGUGGCUCGUACAUGUUGUUGUUUGCUUGAAAGCAAAGCAGUAGAGGUGGGAGAGAAGCCCCACUGGUACGAAGCUCUGACAGCUUACAUAGUCGCCUGCUGUCAGAAGGCCUUCAGGCUCCAUCACCACUUCAGUUCCAGCACUGCUUCCUCACAACAGCAGGGUGAUGAGACGUUGUUAAGGUCCCUGGUGAUCCAACUUGAACCAAUUAGUUGAGCAUCAAUACAUCUGCACCUGACUAAAAAAAGUGUCCUCCGCUCAGUUGGUGCCGCUUUUGGUGAAUAAACGAUUUAUGGUUUCAUUUAAUAGUCGUUCAAAGUAAAAUAGAGAGAAGAGAAUGCGUCGCAAAAAUGAUCUUAUUUACUGAAUUGGUGUGAAUUUCCAAUAGUUAUGAUUACAUAAAAAAAGAUUUAAUCUAAUAUCGACGUUUUCAUCUU